GGAGUCUGCAACCAGGCUCCCGGCGUGAUGACCGCUUACGGGGUCAAGAGCAUCAUUUCAACGGCCGUGAUGAUGACUGCCUACACAUAAUUAUAAUUCUUGUUUCAGGGGCAUAUAGAUAAUCGACCUUUAAGGGCGUACCGGCGUCGGCAGGAUAAGACAGAAUUUACAUGUUCAAUGAACGAUAUUUGCAGAGGUGAAAGUUCAAGGCCAACUGACAUCAAGUGGCCGACCCUGUUUUUCAACAAGAGGCUAUCUGCUUGAACAUGCGGGUAGUUUCCUGAAUGCUGACGCGCGGAGAGACCCUGAUUUGUGAUGGUUGUCUCCUUCAUCUCUACAUGACGCUACUGCACUAGCUAUAAUUGCGGGUCAUCGUGAUACAGCUCGUCGAUAUAGCGUCACUUUCCCACAGCCAGCCAUCUCUGCCUUGGUUCAUGUCCAUUAGUCUGUGCUUGACUAGCUUACCUAUAGAUUCACACAAUGGCAGCCCCUCGACGUGCCUUAACGGGCAUGCUCUUCCGUGCAGCGGUCAAUGGCAGAACCGCCACGACAGCUCUGCGCACCGCGUCCCGCGCUUCUUCGCAUAUCGUUUCCUCGCCCUCACCACUUCGUCCCGCCCAUGGGCCUCACGUGUCGGGCCUACGAUGGUACUCUAUCAACAAGCCUAUCGCCCCGGAAAGCAAGAUCUACAAGUAUGACGAUGUCGUCGAGGCAAUGGAGACGAAGAAGACCAAGGACGGGAGGCCCAGCUACCUGAUCGGUACGUCAACACACCACGAGGUGCAAAAUGCACAGCUUGUUCGGCACGGAAUCCUGACAGAGGGAUGUGCUGCAGAUGUACGCGAACCUGCGGAGCUACAGUCGACCGGCCGUAUUCCCGGCGCUAUCAACAUUCCCAUCACAACCGCGGUCCAGUCCUUCCACAUUUCGAACGAGGACUUUGAGGACAUGUACGGUUUCGAGCGACCGCCCAAGGAUGCGCAUCUGGUGUUCUACUGCAAAGCUGGAGUCAGGGCCAAGUCGGCGGCUGGGCUGGCGGUACACGCUGGGUGGGAGAGCGUAGGAGAGUACCCUGGGAGCUGGCUGGACUGGGAGAAGAACAAUGGCAAGGUCGAGCCUGUCAGGGGGAACAACUAACGCGCGACGCUGCCAAUGGUAAGAGAUGGUAUAAUCAUGAAACGCCCUAUACGAUGGCUUGCGUGGUAUUGUACAACACAAAAUACGUCAUCCGGCCCA